AUGGCAGGGGAGGCGGCGAUGAGAAUGGCAAUCCUAUGGGCGUUUGCGAUCAUGACAGGGCUAUCCACAGAGAGCUGCGGGAACGAGAAGAUCGACAUUGCGUUUGUGUUUUAUUAUAUCCCAGACAGCAAUACAGAACUGUCAAGAUCACCAUACUGGCAUGAUCCCGGCAUGCCCGUCAAACUUACUGCGCACUUGAGACUUUCUCAUUCUCUUUUUCUACCAUCAGGGUUUCGUCGAGCCCUGGAGCUGCUGGAGCAAGAACAUGCCAUGAUUGUCCAUCGUUUCAACAUAGCUGACGAACAGGUCCGACCUACUCUAGAGCAGGAGAUAUCCAGAAAGCGAUUCUCCUUCAUCUUUGCCAAGGGCUGCUGGCACACACCUGUGGACAAGUACAUGCGAUCGAGGAUACUGCGUUUGAAGCCCAAGUCGAUGAAGGAAAAGAACAACACGAUUGCAGGACUGUUUCCCGCGUGCUCGAGCGCUCCGCCUCCCGACGAGGAGACUGGAGAGCCGAUAUCACUGGUCUAUGACGUCAUCUACUACGACAAGCUCUGGUUGAGAGGGACUUUCUCGCACCAUCCACUGGCGAUCCAUGCCUUCGGUGUGGAUGCAGGAAAGACGUUCAGAGCCUCAGGGAACCAGAGGAGCGGGGGACCAAAACUCUUCGACUACGUCAGCGUUGGUAUCUUCGCGCCGUGGAAGAGACAUGAAAACAUCCUGGACAAGAACGGCAGCAGGCUGGUAGUGGGGUAUGGGUGGAGGCCGCAAGAGUCGAGCGAAGUGAUCUCGGCACUAUUCUCCGGGGGUGUUGCCGUCUGGCAGAAUCUGCACCCAUCCAAGAUGUGCCUGCUCUACAUGAACACCGAGAAGCUGCUGAUGGCGGCCAAUGAGCUGGGAGGAGGAGAGAGAGUUAUCCUAGAAGCAAGGGCUUGCGGGCUCCCUGCGCAAGAUAUAGAGGUCGCAGCUGACAAUCACAAGAUCCUUGAGUUCCUCGACGGCCCCAUCUACAACGCCUCCUACUACUCCUCCCAAGUUUGA